CGACCGACAGGCUGGAGAGCAAGGAAGAGUGGGCAGCGGGGGAGAGGCGGCCAGAGAACCAAGAAGCCAACUGGAAUUCCAGACAGGAGGAAAAGAGGAAGGUACUGGUCUAAAGUCCUAGGCCAUUAGAGCUGGAAGAGGUCUCCUAGAUUGCCAGUCAACUUCUUCUUUGACAAAUAAGGAAAACAAGGCCCAGAAAAGGAGUCUUGGCGUCUGUCUUCUGCUGAGCCAAGAUGGGUGACUGGAGCUUCCUGGGAGAGUUCCUGGAGGAAGCACACAAGCAUUCCACGGUGAUCGGUAAGGUCUGGCUCACCGUCCUCUUCAUAUUCCGCAUGCUGGUGCUGGGCACGGCUGCCGAGUCCUCCUGGGGGGACGAGCAGGCUGAUUUCCAGUGCGAUACGAUUCAGCCCGGUUGCGAGAACGUCUGCUAUGACCAAGCCUUCCCUAUCUCCCACAUUCGCUAUUGGGUGCUGCAGAUCAUCUUCGUCUCCACACCGUCUCUAGUGUACUUGGGCCACGCCGUGCACACGGUGCGCAUGCAGGAGAAGCGGAAGCUACGGGAGGGCGAGAGGGCCAAAGAGGUUCGGGGCGCUGCCUCUUACGAGUACCCAGUGGCCGAGAAGACGGAGCUGUCCUGCUGGGAAGAAGUGAACGGAAGGAUUCCCCUCCGGGGCAGUCUGCUCAACACUUACGUCUGCAGCAUCCUGAUCCGCACCACCAUGGAGGUGGCCUUCAUUGUGGGCCAGUACCUCCUCUACGGCAUCUUCCUGGACACCCUGCAUGUCUGCCGCAGGAGUCCCUGCCCCCAUCCUGUCAACUGUUAUGUGUCCCGGCCCACGGAGAAGAAUGUCUUCAUUGUCUUUAUGCUGGCUGUGGCCGGACUGUCCCUUUUCCUCAGCCUUGUUGAACUCUACCACCUGGGCUGGAAAAAGAUCAGACAGCGAUUUGUCAAGUCACAGCAGGGCAUGGCUGAGUGCCAGCUUCCUGGUCCCUCUGCCCGCAUAGUCCAGAGCUGCACACCACCCCCUGACUUCAAUCAGUGCCUGGAGAAUGGCCCCGGGGGGAAAUUCUUCAAUCCAUUCAGUAACAAGAUGGCCUCUCAGCAGAACACAGAUAACCUGGCCACUGAGCAAGUGCGAGGCCAGGAGCAGAUUCCUGGAGACGGUUUCAUUCAUAUCCGUUAUGCCCAGAAGCCUGAGGUACCCAAUGAAGGCUCUCCAGGUCACCGCCUCCCCCAUGGCUACCAGAGUGACAAGCGCCGUCUCAGCAAGGCCAGCAGCAAGGCCAGGUCAGAUGACCUAUCAGUGUGACCCACCAGUGUGGUGGAACCAGGACCAGGUGGGAACAAAGGAGGCUCAGAGAGAGAAGGUGUGUCCCUUCUGACCCCAUCUCUCUCGUUCUCAUCACUGCUCUACUCAGUUUGGGCCCUGGAUCUCAAUGGCAUUGCUCAUUUUUUCCAGAAGCUAUGACCAGGUCUUUGUGGGUGCAGUAAGAGACAUGAUUACCUACCCAGGCUCCACCACCCUCCACUCAGAAUCCUCAGUGAAGCCUUUCAUAUUAUUCAGUGAAUGGGAUAGAGGAAGGGACGGGGACCAUGGCAAAUCUGACCUGGGAGGGACAGCCAGAGGGAUAGGAUGACUGUCUACAUACCAGCCACAUACCAGAUGGAUUCUCUAAGCCCCUCUGGCGUCCUUGACCCGAUCACCCUUCCUCCUGCAAGGAAGAGCCCAAAGUUCCCGGCCAGCAACAAGCAUGAAUCAAGGAACUUGCAUUAGAUGUGCUCUUGAAUCUGUUGUCUCCUUGGACCGUACCUUGGGGUGGUGGUCAGGUCGCCAUGGGAUGCCCUUGGCUGCCCCUCCCUCCACCCAGUCUUACUUAAAAAGAGGUCCUUAGACCUCGACCAGCAGCCUCAACUUUACAAGUGCCUUGGUAUGCACCUCUGGCAAAUGUCUCACCUUGGUGAUGUUGCAGCUUUUCCUUCUGCCAGGGUGUACAGCCAGCCCGGGGAGGGGGGUGAAAAGCUCUCCUCGGGAGUCACUGUGCACACUGACCCCACUGGCUUUCCUGCCACCACAUAUCAACCUGCAGCUCUUUUACAGUUCAACCUGAUGGUAGAAACCAUCCCUUCCAGUCCUCCCUUGGCGGUCCAUCCAGUGCUCCCCUAAAAACCUUAUUGACCAGAAUGCCCAAGAAGCCAUCGUCCUCUCUCACAUUCUGACCAGAUCACCAGCCAUGGAGGCCAGUGGAAUUUCCCCAGGUCUUAGUAAAACAAAGAGGGGAUUGUGCUUCUCAGAUUCCCCUUGGGAAAAAAAAAAUAAUUCUGCUGUGAAGAUAAAAAUGAAAAAGGAGAGAAAAUACUGGAAAACGAUUUUCCCCUCCUGUUUGCUUCCCUUGCUGACUGCCAACUUAGAGUGCCAAGAGGAGGUGUGAUGACAACUAUGGAGGCCCCCAUAUCUCUCUUUCCCUGGAGGAUUUAGCAGGGGCACGAAAGCAGAAAGGGAAUCUCCAGCUCUCUUGGCAGGGCCCUUGUUUAAGAGCACAGAGAUGCCUGUAUCUCCCCAGUGCUCCUAAUGAGACUGCCAAAAAAGCAGUGGGGACUACAGAAAAGCCCUGCCUUCCCAGGGACUGGCCAGGUUUCUCUCUUCAGUCCAUCUGUAAUAGGUGGUUGCCAUUUUGGAUGAAGGUAAAGGAUGCUCAGAAGUGGAUGCUGAAACUUACAGGGAGACAGUUAGUUUUUAAGAUGCAUGUGUGUGUUUGUGUGUGUAUGUAUAUGCUGAUAAGGUGGGUGAAGGGGAGGGAAGUCCUGAAGUAAGGAAAGCAUGCCUUAGAGACACUUGUGUCUUCCUGCCCUUUCCUCCAGAUGCCUGGCAGAGGGGCUGAGCCUCACUGUUUUCAGUGUCAUUAACCUAAAUAGAUAGGUCUGAGAGGUUGGGACAGAGGAGGCUGAAGCCUCAGAAGGAGGCUCAGCCUCUGCCCCACCUGCCCAUCUCUGGGCCCCUCUGCUGAUACUUGGUUGUUAUUGGUGGGUGGAGAGAAGGAUGAGGGUAGAGGGGUGGAGGAAGCUGACGGAGAUGCCAUUUAGGGAAGAAUGACUGGUCAUCCCAGAUCCCUGGAGGGGACACCUUUUAAUCUAUUCUCUGGCACUGGCAUUAAGACUCUCUCUCCAAAACAAAGCAAAAAAGACUCUCUUUCCUUCCAUCUCUGAAGUGUGUUUGUUUUGUGAAAUGAAUGUUCCUGGAUUAGAAAUUCUGUGAGAUCAGUCCUGAUGAUGGGGCUUUCAGGAAGGAAAAAGGAAAUAAUAUGUGUAGUUUGUCCUAAUAAAGUCUGGCCCUACAUUUA